CAGCAGCAGUUACGUCACACAUCGGGAAUGCAGCAGUGAGGAUCUUGCUGCUGCUGCUAAAGGCCUCAGGAUCCGCUACAAAAUGAGACUGAAGGGAAGAGGAGAGCCACUGUAAAGGUACUGUAAGAGAAGCCUGCCAUGUCCGGUCCCACCUGGCUUCCACCGAGGACUCUGGAUAGCCCUGAGCGAGCAGUCCCUCAGAUGUCUCACUCUGCUGGGUCAGCGAUCUACAGAGCCCCCAACAAGAAGGGGGCGUCCGACUUCCGGCCAAAAUAUGGCCCCUAUGACCAGAACGGAGGAGGAGGAGGAGGGAUGGCCAACAGGUACAUGGCUACAGGACCCACAGGUGGACCCAUUCAUCACUCGUCGAGCGAUCAUUACUACUCCCCUCCCCCUGGUCCCAAAGAAGAACGCAACUGGAGCCCUCACAUGGACAGCUACGAGCUGAUGCAUCGUGGUCCUGAAAAGCCAGCGAGCUAUCACUCCAAAAUCGAUGCUGAGAUUGACUCCCUCACCAGCAUGCUUGCUGACUUGGACAGCCACCCACAGGACUCCAGCACACAACUGUACGACAACGUGCCUUAUAACAAGUACCUCUCAGGGGAUCACUACAAACCUGCGCACCAGAGCGCACCCCCUCCUCAGGGUCGGCCAUCCAUGGGCUACCCCCCUCAUCCCCAGAGCCAAUACCACCCAGCGCCGCCCUACCCCAACGAGCACCAGUCAUCUCAGUACUCCACCUCCCACCAGCAGGACUACUACUCCACUUCAACACCUAAGCCCUACCCUCAGCCCGUCCCGGCCUCCUACACCACUGCCUCAACUCCCACCGGGCCCAGGUUCAGCGUCCAGGUCAAGACGGCGCAGCCUGUCACCUACUCUCAGACGGGGAGGCAGGCUGAGCAGGCGUACACACCACCCCCUCCUCGCCAGCACGUUUCACGCCCCCCUCCCCAGAGUCAGACAAGUCAACAGGGCUGGUACCCUCCACAUCCCAACUCACAAGCUCAGGAGAUGCACUCUGAGGCGGUGUACAAAGGGAGCAGCUCAGGACCUGGAGGAAGAGUCAACCAGGUUCCACUGUCCAAGAGAGGGAUGGAAAAUAAUCAGACGGGGUCAGGAGCUGCACAGAGUCCUGCUUACCAGUCCAGCAAGCAGAGCAUAGCAACAAGCAGGCCCGAGGAAGAGCUGGAACGACUAACCAAGAAGUUGGUAUAUGAUAUGAACCACCCCCCCGCUGAGGACUAUUUUGGCCGCUGUGCCCGGUGUGGUGACAACGUGGUCGGCGAUGGCAGCGGCUGCAUCGCCAUGGAGCAGGUGUUCCAUGUGGAGUGUUUCACGUGUAUCACCUGCCACGCCCGUCUCCGGGGGCAACCGUUCUACGCCCUCGACAAGAAGAGUUACUGUGAGAGUUGUUACAUUAGUACAUUAGAGCGCUGUUCAAAGUGCUCCAAGCCCAUCCUGGACCGUAUCCUGCGGGCCAUGGGAAAGGCGUACCACCCUCGCUGUUUCACGUGUGUGGUUUGCAACUGCUGCUUGGACGGGGUCCCCUUCACCGUGGACGCAACCUCUCAGAUACACUGCAUAGAUGACUUCCAUAGGAAGUAUGCUCCUCGUUGCUCAGUUUGCGGAGAGCCCAUCAUGCCUGAACAGGGCCAGGAGGAGACGGUGAGGAUCGUAGCUCUGGACCGCAGCUUUCAUGUUAACUGUUACGUCUGCGAGGAAUGUGGCCUCCUGCUGUCCUCUGAAGGGGAGGGUCGAGGCUGUUACCCGCUGGACGGCCACAUCUUAUGUAAGAGCUGCAGCGCUCGCCGCAUCCAGGACCUCUCGGCCAAAAUCUCCACUGACUGCUAACAAACCUCCAGCGUCCGCUCCACCCUUUCAGCCCUCUUCGUCUCAUGACAGCCAACAUUACACAUGAUUGAUGGCGCAGACAGGAAAUGCCUGCUCAGAGGUGCUUUUCUUUUUCUUGGUUGCUCUGACUUUGAGUUGACAUAACUAUUGCAACAGUUCCCUCUGGUGGUAUCCAGGUAUAAGUUCAUUUGCAGAGAUGGGACGUGGGGUCCUGAUGGAGCAACCACAUCACUAGCUUCCUUUCAUUCAGAUUUCCUGCUCCAUUUUCUUUCUUUGUUUUGGUACACAGCUCCCCCAUUUGUCACCUUUAGUUCCUUGUUAGUAUGACAGUGGCCUGACCUGCAGGCAGCUUGGGCUCCACUCACCACGUAUCGGUACGGCUCAACUAUUAGCUCACACAUUAUCAUCACUGUCAAAGACAAUUAAAGGAAUACUUCACCCCCCAAAUGAUCAUCUUUACAUCAGUUUUUCGUCCUGUGUUACGCUGGAUUCUUGAAGAAAGCUAACAAAAAUUUAUGAGACUGAGAAAAGCUAUAUCAUAAAAUCUGUUCACAAACUCUCACACAACUCGUGCAGAAUAAUCCAAGUUUCAGUUAUCCAGUUGUACGCUCAAUGCUUCCCAAACAGACAGCCCUUUUUAACAGGAGAGAGAUAAGUAAAACUUAUCUAUGCUCUCUUCAAAGCCAGACUCCACUGACAAAAACAGUAAUUUUACAGUUUCCUCCGAGCAGUACGGUUCAGUUGGGUACGCUUUUGCUCCAUUCCCACUGUGAAAAGUUGUGGAUGGUAUCAAUGGAACCGUUCCUUACUGUCCCCAUGUUCGGUCCCCCCUCUGUUGGGGUACCUAGCACACAGAUCUGGUACUAAAAGGUGGAGCUGUGAACA